AUGCCAGCGGUUUUCCUCCUGCUGCGGACCCUGGUUAUCAGGCUGCUCAGUAGCAGACUGGCCGGCUCAGUGGCACAGUUCCUCAGGAGAACACUGUCUUCAGGCGCUGCUCAUCUGAGCACAGCACUCCGUCACGUCUGGGACCGGCUCCGCUCACAGGAGUCUAAAGAAGCCGUCCUGGGCUGUGUGCUACUGACAAGGAGACGGGCAGAGGGCUCUGAGAGGGAUGUGAAUGACUUUGUUUUGGGGAUCAUUUGGACGACAGAAACUGGACACUGUUGUGUUUGGGAGCCAGCCAUGUCUGAGAGCAUAGUGAGGAAGGUCCAGCCCUUCACUAUAGGGACAAGGCUGUCUGUCCCAACAAAGUGUCAGGACUUUACACCAAAUUAUCUGCAGAGCUCGAGUCUGGACAACUGCACUCUUCAGCACAACUUGAACUCUCUUUACCUUAGCCGCUCUGCGGUCUGUGCCCAUGGCCCCCAGGGGUCCCCUGUGCUGCAGACACCAGUGAGACAGGAGCAGGAGGACAUGGCAGCGGAGGACCAGCUGAACCAGAACAUCGCCUCAGCCGCCGCAGUUGCCCGCUCCAUAAAGAAAAUCACUAUAUCAGUAAACGGGGAGCGAGCUGAGCACAGGACAGCCAAGAGAACAGCAUGUGUGUUUGUGCCAGGGGCCACAGAGAACAAUAACAACAACAACAACAUCACUGACCAAAGCUUUCCCAGGAUAGUGGGAGUGAGCUGCGAGAAUAAACCAAAGUCGCAAUUCAAGGUGCUGCUGAGAAGAGAGAGCUGCAAUGAACAGACAGCGAAGGCAGAACAGCCCAGUCCACACCAGGUCUCUUCACCUGAUUCUGAGUCUCAGGGGAAAGACAUUCUUCCAGUGGCUGCGGCUGAAGGAUCUGCAGGUGAUUCAUCCCAAAGCGACAGCUUCACUCAACGGAACUCGCUCUUCAACAAGGAAGUGCUGCAGGCAGAAGCUUGGAUCAGGGGAAAGCUCCAGGACCUGAAGGAUGGCCGUAAUAUCAAUCCCUGCACCCUCAAAGACUGGGAUGAGGCCUGCCAGACUCUGCAGAGGGACCUCAAAGACUUUGAAAACACCUUGAUUCAACUCAACCAGAUGGGUGAACAGUUGAUCUGCAAGAUGAAUCCCACUGCAGACUCGGUCAAGAAGCGACUGAGCCAUCUGCGGGAUUUGUGGCAGACGCUGAAGCAGACGGCUGCCAAUCAAACAAAGACUUUGUGCGGAGCCAAGAGUCUGCAAGAGUUCAACGCAAAAGUGGAAAAACUGGAGGCGUGGAUCAAAGAGAAGGAAGAGCCCACGUCCCUGGCCAAUAUCCUCGGAGAGAGUGUGGACAAGAUGCAGCUGACCAGGCGGAUUUUAGAUCUGAAACAGGAUGAGCAGCUCUACAGACAUCUAUAUGAGGAGAUCAACCACUUGGCCUUCAAACUGGAGAAGCAAGGCAAAGCAGAUGGGAAAAACGUCAGCAACCAGAGGAAACACGUCAAUAAAAUGUACACAUGGUCGUUUGAGAUGAGCUGGUGGCUCCGAGUUCAAGCUCAACUGAAAAACUAUCAUGAGAAUCUUCAGCUGGCUCUGGAGGUGUCGUCCUUCUAUCAACAAGCCGAUACUAUCUUGUUGGCCAUUCACAACAUGAGAAAAGAUGCAUCUAAAGAGUUGGACAAGCUUGGAGACCAGGAGGUGCAAGAUAUCGCAGGUCAAAUUAUGAUGUUGGAUGUGAGUGCGUCUCGCCUCUCUAACCUGCAUCCAACGCUCACGACCGGUGUCCUUCAGAAACAAAGUGAACUGAAAGAGUCGUGGGCACUUCUGCAGAAUACUCUCAGCCCCACUGCCCCCAGAGACGAGGGAGACCCUUCAACCAGGGAGCAGUGCACCGUGGGAACUGAGCUGCAAAGGACCAUGGGAAAGGAGGUGAAGGAGGAGCAGAAUCGGCUAAAGGGUUUUGUGAGCGCUGCGGAUUGCACUGGUCAAGCUCAGGAGCAAGAUUCAGCUUUCCUUUCGUCACCCAUGGGAGAGGCGGCUGUCUGUGCCAAUGAUGUCAUCGCCAGACUGCAGCUGAAGGGGGAAAGCAGGAAGCUCAAAACUGAGCCCAAGAAUGACACCGCCCAGCCAGGCCACCCACCGCUCCCCGUCCAGCUCCAGAAGUUCACUGUGUCUGCAGACAAGACUCUGUCCUGGCUCAAAGACAACGUGUCCUUGGCCACUCAGAUCUGCUCCAUGGCCAGUGGGGAGGGCCUGGAAGCUGCCCGUAAGUGCCAACAUGCUCUGGAGCAGGAGAUACUCAACAACAGGACAAGGAUCGAGGUCGUGAAGAGGGAAGGCCGUGGGCUGGUCCGAGCGCAGCACCCGGGCAGCUCCAGGAUCCAGGAGUUCUUGUGUCAGCUUGAAGUGUUGUGGGACGAGCUGCGGAGGAGGCACCAGAGAAACGCACUAUUCCUGCAGGCUUCUGAGGAGCUGGGAUUCAGGGUUGUGAAAGUGCUCCAGGCUCUGGGCAGUCUGGACGCUUGGCUGGAGUCUGUGGAGCUUUCCAUGAAGGAGUCCUCGUUGGCCGCUGACCCUGAAACUAUGAGUGCGGCUGAACGACAGAGCUGCCUCCUGGAGAGAGAGGUGACGGCAAGGGGCCUCGAACUGAGCGCGCUCAGACAGGAGGUGGAGCGGCUGCACUGCCACACUCACCCUCUCACACGAGAGCUGCCCACGCGUAUGCACGCCGUGGAGAGAAAGUACCAGCGCGUCCAAAGUGCCCUGACGCAGCAGAGUUCAGAGCUGCAGGACACACGGAUGCUGGCAGAGUUUCUGGAGCAGGUCGAACUCGAGGAGAGUCAGUUCAACCCAGGACAGCCACUUCACAGUGAAAUGUCCCCAGCUCCGACUCUCCUGGAGCUCCGGGGCCGCUGUGAGUCCCUGCUAGGGCCCCUGGGAGACCCUACGGAGGAGUUGCGGGAGGCGGUGGAGAUGCUCAAUGACACCGUGAGGGAGAGAGGGCGCUCACUAAACCACGAUUCCGCCGUGCGUGAGCUGCUGAGCAAGCAUGCGAGCCUGGCUGUGCGUGUGGAGGAGAGCCUGUCCCGCAGUAAGGACCUUAGCCUGGACAUCCUGGAGAAGCAGACCGACAUGGCGGUGCAGUGUGAGCCAGAGCACUGUGGUCUGGACGCUCUGUGGGAGGAGCAGGACCACCUGGAGAUCGACUAUGAAGUCAUCGGCGAGGAGGUGAAAGCGGUGGAGAGCCGGGCCACGCGUCUGGAGCAGCUGUGCCCAGAGAGAGUGCACGUUUUUGGGACUAAGAUCCAGGCGACACUGGGGGCCUGGGCGGAGUUGGGGGCCAGUGUGAAGGAGAACAAAUCUAGGCUGCGAGAGUUUGAGCGGCUACAAGACUUCUUCAGGAGCUAUCUGCAGAUGAUCUCAUGGACUGAAGACACACGCUCCUGCAUAUUCUCAGACACUGCUAUGCAUCUUGGGAAAGAUGGAGAGCCGCCAAUCGCUUUAGAGCUGGAUUUGCAGAUCGAGCAGAAGUUUGAGGAGUUUGAGGUGCUGGCAGCUACAGGGAGGAACAUUUUAGACAAAGAGCAUCACCUCUGUCAAAUGGUGGGAGAGCGCAUGGAGGAGCUGAGGAGUAUGCUGGGCUGGAUCUCAGUGCAUUGGAGAGCCCAAAAACAACAGUGGCUUCAGAAACAGGAGGAACAGGAUAACGUUUACUCCAUCAUGUGCUCAUCCUUGGCGAAGCCUGAAGCACGUGAGCAGCAGGAGGACCAGUCUGUAUAUUCUCUGGUCCUUUCCAGUGACGACGAAAAGCAACAUUCUUCAGCUUUGGAAAACUCUUUUGUUUCGUGUCCAAAUAAGCCAACAGAGGAGGCAUACCAGGUCAUGAAGAGCGUCCCUCUGCCCAGCGCUGACCUGAAGUCCCCAGAGUCUCCCAAAUCCUCAGUGUUCGUCCUCAAAGACAAGAGCAGCCCUGGUUUGGGGAACACCGUCAACCUCAUCCUCAGCUUUGGAAACACAGGGAACAGCCAGGUGCAAGUGCUGGGGGAAGAUGAGGAGACGUCUGAACCUCUACGCAGGCCCGCUGUGCCACAACCUCCUGCCCGCAAAACCUUUUGGAAGCGCUGCCAGGGUCUUUUGGAAAAUACUUUGGGUAGUUUAAAGAGAAAGAAAAAGAAAAAAAUUUAUCGGCAGAGUGCAAACGAGGUAAGCACCUACUUGCACGUCAAGGAUAGCAGCUUCACUUCGGGGCCUGUGUAUGAGAACAUCACCCUGCCUCGCCUAAAGAGCCACUCAGCCUCUUCCGCCUACACGCCAUCGCCUCCUCGCUCUCCAUCCACACUCACCAACGCAUCACAGACGACAAACUUCCACCUGCCCACGAGCGGGACCACUUCAAUAUUCAGCAGUCUCAAGCGAAUCGGCAAGAGGCGGAAACGCAAACGAGACAUCCGACGGCAUAGCAUUCAAAAGAUCAUUGGUGUAGAGGAGCAGGAACACGAGGAUUCAGUGGACUCCGGAGUGUCGAGUUUGGGCAGCGUGAAGCUUUCUUCGGACAUACCCAGUCUCGAUAACCCUUCGUCGAAAGCCUUUGUGGGUAAAGUGGUGUCUUUGGACGUAGGCUGCAUCCCAAACACCGGGGAACUGGGCAAAGCAAACGUGUCGAGUGAAUUUGAAUCAGAAGCUGUGCACGUUGACCACCAGCAGUUUGAAGAAGUUGAGGAGGAGUUGGAAGGGAUUUGGAGUCAGCAUUUUCGUAAUAGUAUUUGCUCAGAUAUCAUGUACCAACCCAGUCAAGAGGAUACAUUAUCAGUCAUCGACCAGCCUGUUCAACUAUCGCCACCCUCAAAGAGCCCGUCGGUUUUCUUCCGAGAUUUGGUGACCACUUCUGCACCUAAUCUCCUUGUAGCUGAGUUUAAACUUCCACCGUCCGUCCAAAGUCGACUGGGUUAUGACAAGAAUCCCAGUCGGCACCUGUCCUCCCUGGGCGCGGGAGAGAGGAGGUCGUGGGCCGCGUUCACAAACCGAGAACCUGUGUAUUCUUGCUCCAGUGGGACGACCGUGGCUGUGAAUGAAACUGCUUCAGAUCCAUUGAAGCUGCCGGCGAUAGAGGACAGUCAGAGAUACAUUUACCACUACAGAGAGGAGGAAGAGGAGGAGGAGGAAGAGGAGAAGGAUGAAGAGGCGAGGGAGGAAGGGCACACUGGCUGUCCCAAGGGCGUGGAAGGCAGCUGUCAACAAACCUCUGAACUCAUGGGAACGCAGCAUCACACAACGGCCACAAGAGAACGCUGUUUCACUUUGAGGCCAGAACAGAGUAUGGAGGGGCCCCUGGAGAGGAAGCAGCGACUGCAGCUUGGAGGGAAGAAAGCCGCCUCUCGAGGAUGGAGCUGCUUCCACACUGUCCUGUACAGACACACCUUAUGCUUCUACCAGGAUAAAAAGGAUAUUCUCAGGAGUUCCAGUGGUGGUCUGCCCUUGAAUCUCAUCGGAGCAGAGUGCGUACCAGCUCCAGAAUACACCAAGAAACCCAACUGCUUCCAGCUCAGACUCCGAGACGGCUCUGAAUACCUGCUCAACGCCUCUUCACGACCGCUGAUGAAGAAAUGGAUCACAAAAAUACAAGCAAACACAGGACGACUCGAGGCUGGAUCUUUGACAUCAGAGCUCUGCAGUGACGUGGAUCAUCCUUUUUCUGUGACGUCCUCUCCUCAUGAAGUCACCUCCACGUUUCCACGCAUCAAACCGCGAGGCCCAGUCCGCCCCGCGCUGCUCCUGACGGACUUCAGCCACGAAGAGGAGGAGCAGGACCCCUCCUCUACAGUGGGGGUAUGGGGUGGUGAGGAUGACAUCAGCGUGACUCAAGCAGACUCUGAGGACGCCGUCUGCAGCCAGCGCCGCUCACACUCCUUCACUUCAGCCACAUAUCAGAAGAUCAGCCCCGUGUUGAGCCCCGGGGCCAGAUCUGUGGAGAGGGGGGCUCUCUGUGUGACUUUGCUGCUGGGGGACAAAUCACAGGACGUCCCAUGUGUCUCCCACGGCGACGCCCCCAUGAUGGAUGAGGACCGCGGCCUGAGGUCCUACACCAGCCUGCCCCGGCCGCGCAACCAGUCAGUCUUCAAAAAGUUCUUUGGGAGAAAAGACGAUUGA